CCCAUUUCCGCCAAUGUCCAAAUCAGCAGCGCCGUCCAACACCCACCGUGCCCUCGGCUGGAACUGCGAUAUUGUGUGCGCCAAAAACAAUAUCUUCGGUGGCUAUUACCAACAUCUCGAUCUCCUCACUGUCGCCGAUGUGGUACACGAUCUUAAUCUUUGUUUUUCCCCACCAGGCCAUGGCGACGAUGGUGGCGAUGGCUCUCAAUGGCGGCGCGCCCUAAUACCCGAAACCGAAUCGAGAGGCGCGCAUGGCCUCGUCCUGCACCUGGACGAGCAAGAUAACACGACAAAGAUCCCGACCCCUAAUCCGGGAUCGAAAACUAGGUACCGCUACGUUCUCCACGAAAGGGCAUGCACGCGCCAUAGGGAAAAACACAGUCUACAGGAUUCUUGCCUGCGACUUGCCCCUCAACCACGACGGCGUCGAGACCCUCGAUACCUACAAAUCGGCAAAUCUGACACCAGCGACCCCAAGCUCGCUCUCAUCGCACCAAGGAGGGGAGACGUGGCCAGAAAACGCAUCCGCACUGGGUCUGGCUCGCUUUCGAGGUCGCCUUCGAACUCACCCUCGCCAGAACGCAGUCCGUCGCCCUACAAAGAUGGGCAGGAUGAAGCACAAGAAGCCGUUAUCCCCAUCGCAAUUAUCGAUUCCCAAACCGGCAAGGAGUUCAUAAACAACUUUCGUAGUGACGUGAUCAGCAUUCAUACUCCUGCUCAGUGCGUCGUCACCGGCAAAGGAGGGUACUGGUGUACCGGAUCACCCGUCGGACCUGGUAUCCAAGCAGCACACAUAGUCCCGGCGACGCAUUGGAGUCGCUUCCCCCUCGACGACCAGCAAGGCAUUGCCGACACAAACAAUCCCGAAAACCUCAAGGAUGCUUGGUAUGGUACUUAUGAUCCAGCCAAUGGAUUGUUGAUGGCAAGUCACCUGCAUCAAUGUUUCGACCAGCGUCUCUUUUCCAUCCAUCCCGACACUGGCAUCAUCCGGGUUUUUUUGCCAUAUUCUCUAUUGCUCGAAUAUCACGGCAAGCAUGCUCAUCUCGCCCCCGGCGUUAGCAAGAGGGCCUUGCGGUUCCACUACGACAUGUGCUGUAUUGAGAACUUCGGUGCCAAAAUCCCGCUGCCGCCCUCCCCGGUCCCCCUUAGCAUCAGGCCUGACGCUGCUACGAAACUUCCCGUCAAUACAUCCAACACCAUUCCAGGAGACCCCAACAAAAUACAGAAUCAAUCAACUGCUGCCGCUCGGAUGUCUGCCGCUAUACCCGCACCGAAAGACACACAACAUGGGGCAGCAGACACAGGAGCAGACCCACCAGCAAGCGACAGUGAUGAUACAGCAGGCUCUAAGGAGUUGGGUUCGACCAAUUUGCCUCCCAGUCCUUCAUCUUGCCGCAUGUCCAAACAAGAUGACCCCCAACGCCAGUCUCGACUUUGGCGGGUGGGAGGACUAAUCCUCUCUGAUUUUCGGAAGGCCGAGUGGUACCAAAACCAGGGAUGGUUGGUUGUUAAUACAGAUGGAGAGGAUGAAGACAAGCAGCAGGAGGAGUCUUGCGUGGGGCAAACUAGUUAUACCGAGGACUGUAAUUUGGUCGAGAAUUUGAAUCGUGGACGGUUGAGAAAAAGAAAACGGCUAACGCCUGACGAAUUUUGAGGUGUAUAGUUAUUUAGGUAUCUACGGUCUACUGAGUAAUCC